ACAGACUAUCACCGUCGAGGAUCGUCACAGAAGGACAAAAAUGGACCCUUGGUCGACGGCGCUCUUAUCGGGGAUCGUCCUGAUAACGCUCGCUGCACGAAGUUAUCAUGCGCAGCUCGUCGAACGCCCAAACGUGCUACUGAUCGUUCUGGAUGACUUUCGACCGGCGAUCCGACAAGGAUAUGGGGACGAAAACGCGAUCACACCCAACCUCGAUCGGCUUGUUCAAACGGGAUAUCAUUUUGAAAAUGUCUUCGCACAGCAAGCACUUUGCGCCCCGAGCCGCAACUCCAUGCUGACCGGUCGUCGUCCAGAUACUGUACGGUUGUAUGAUUUCUACAGCUACUGGCGCGAAUUUUCCGGCAAUUUCACGACCCUGCCACAGUAUUUCAAGCAGCAAGGCUAUCGCACUCACUCGGUGGGAAAGAUCUUUCAUCCUGGUGCUUCAUCGAACUUUACGGACGAUUACCCGCUUAGUUGGUCCUCCCCGACGUUCCAUCCGCAAUCGGAUCCCUUCUCUAACUCCCCGGUUUGUCCCGAUCCGCAGGAUGGCGGGCGAUUGCACCGCAAUCUGCUCUGUCCGGUGAUACCGGAGAGGCAACCGUUUCACACUCUGCCAGAUAUUGAAAGUACCCAGGAGGCGGCACGAUUUCUCCGGGAAGCAAGGAACGAACCCUACUUUCUCGCGGUUGGCUAUCGUAAACCACACAUUCCGUUUCGUAUCCCGGUGGAAUACCUGAAUCAACAUCCGCAGACCAAGUUUCAAACGGUUGGCAAUGACCAGCGACCGUAUGGAUUACCGUCGGUGGCUUGGGCUCCUUUCUUGGAUGUACGCAAUCGGGACGAUUUCGAACGGCUAGAUGUACCAUUCCCUUACGGUCGCAUUCCGGAAGAUUUUCAGCAGCGAAUCCGUCAACACUAUUACGCGGCCGUGACCUAUGUGGAUGAUCUCAUCGGACGGUUGCUGGCGGAAGUCAAGAUGGAUCAAACGAUCGUAAUGGUCACGUCCGACCAUGGAUGGUCACUCGGCGAGCAUGGGGAGUGGGCAAAGUAUAGUAAUUACGAUGUCGCCCUUAGGGUUCCACUGAUACUCGUUACCCCAACGCUUCCCACCGGCAAUGGCAUGAAGAUAGAGAAUGUUGUAGAGCUAUUGGAUGUAUUUCCGACUCUUGUAGACCUGGCCGGACUAGCACCGGUACCUGCUUGUAGUAAACAACGACCGCACAAAGCGGUGGCUUGUGUUGAAGGUAAAUCGCUCGUAUCAUUACUAAUCAAUACCACCGUUGAUCGGAAUCACGAAGAGCAAUGGGUUGCCUACAGUCAGUUUCCGAGGCCCGGUAUUGAGCCGAGCGUGGUACCAAGCAGUGACGAACCGAAAUUACGAUACAUCAAAAUCAUGGGUUACAGUCUACGCACCGCACGCUUCCGCUACACGGCAUGGAUACAAUUCAAUCCCGAUACUUUCAAGCGAGACUGGAACACUGUGUAUGGCGAAGAGAUGUACGAUCACCUGAUCGACGAGCAGGAAAACCUGAAUCUUGCUGACCGACCGCAGCUUCAGCUUAUCAAAGACUCUCUGCGAGCAAUCUUGCAGGCCAAGUUUCCUUAACUGUGACGGAG